AUGUCUUCUUCCAAGUCCUACCCCACGCCUUUAGUUAUCCAUUCUCUCACAAACGACAAGCACACCCAUACAAUUAUCCUUCUUCACGGCCGCGGCAGUAAUGCUGAACGCUUUGGUUCAGUGUUCCUUGAAUCCACAGAUAUCGCGCGGCGUCUCCCAACAAAACGUCGCUCCACGGUACUUAAACGGACUCCGAUACAUCAGUGGUUCGAUAACUACAGUCUCGAGGACCCAAAUGUUCGAUCCGAGCUACAGAUUGACGGGCUAGAGGAAACUAGCCGGUUCCUGAGAACAUUGAUUGACGAUGAAGCACGGUUGUUUAGGGAGUCCAAUGACCCUACCGUUAGCGAUGGCUAUAGCCGCAUUGUGAUCGGUGGGUUGAGCCAAGGCUGUGCGGCGUCUGUGUUCUGUGUUCUGGGAGGGUCUCCAGGGCAGGACAGCGGGCAGCGCAGGCGACUUGGCGGGUUUGUGGGAAUGAGUGGGUGGUUGCCUUUUGAAAGGGAGAUUACGGGGCUGUUGGGGCUGGACGAUGAGGAUGAAGGGGAGAACGAAGAUGACGACCCUUUCUCACGCAAUGAUGAGGAAGACGAGGACAUCCCUGCACCUAUUCAGGCGCUAAAUCACGUCCGGGAUAUCCUCGAUCUACCAUCCUUACGACACGAAGGGGAAAGUGGGUUCGAAGGCGUGGUCCAAAAGGGAGACUCGGAAUCUUGUGGACCUCCAAAGCCCCAUUUACAAACGCCGGUAUUUCUCGGCCAUGGGUUUGCAGAUCCCAAGGUGUCGGUUGACCUCGGGGAGCGAAUGGCGUCUGUCUUAUCUCAUGGGUUUGGCAUGGAUGUGACGUGGAAGGCGUAUGAGAAUUUUGGACACUGGUAUAAGAUGCCCGAUGAGAUUGAUGAUGUGGUGGAUUUCUUGAAGGAGAAGGCUGGGGUUCCAUCUGUUGAUUACCCCGGGGUUUGA